AUGGGAAACAACACUGCGGCUAUUCUUUUACUUGGGAAGAUGAAAGAAAGAGGAUGCGAGCCUGACAUAGUUUCCUAUAACACCGUCAUCGACAGUCAUUGUAAGGAUAUACUAGUUGAUCAAGCAUUGAACCUAUUCACAGAAAUGAUUGGUAGAGGUAUUGCUCCAAACGUUGUUACUUACACCUCUUUGAUUCAAGGAGUUUGCAAUUUAGGCCAGUGGAAAGAAGCUACAAGGUUGUUGAAUGAAAUGGUGAGUCAAAAUAUCUUUCCAAAUGAAAUCACCUUCAAUGUCUUGGUUGAUGCACUCUGUAAGGAGGGUAUGGUCGUAGAAGCCAAAAGUGUGGUUGAGAUGAUGAUUCAAAGAGGAACUGAACCUGACACUAUUACAUACAGUUCCCUUAUGGAUGGUUACUGUUUGCGAGAAGAGAUGGAGGAGGCAAAAAAUGUUUUUGAUCUAAUGGUUAGCAAGGGCUCCAUGGUUAAUGUUCGGAGUUGUAACAUAUUGAUAAACGGGUAUUGUAAGCACAAAAAGAUUGAUGAGGCCAAUAAGGUUUUUCAGGAAAUGCUUCCAAUGGAACUUGUUCCCGAUACCAUUACUUAUAACACUCUUAUCGAUGGUUUUUACAAAGCAGGGACAAUACAAGAGGCAGAAAAUUUGUUGUCUGAGAUGCAAGGUCGCGGCCAACUUCCAGAUCUUCAAACUUAUAAUAUUAUACUUGAUGGCCUGUGUAAUAACCAACAACUUUCUACAGCACUAGAAUUGCUUAGAGAGAUAGAAGGCAGCAAGUUGGAACUAGAUAUUGUAGCUUACAAUUUUAUCAUUGAAGGUUUGUGCAAAGCUGGGAAAAUGGAUUCUGCAACAGAGGUCUUCUCUGGUUUGUCAUCAAAAGUAGUUCAGCCUAAUGUGAGGACAUACGGUAUUAUGAUUUAUGGAUUUUGUAAAGGACGCUUAUUACGUGAAGCAGAAGAUUUGCUUAGAGGAAUGGAAAAGAAAGGCUGUUCCCCUAAUGGCUGGACAUAUAACACAAUUAUCCGAGGGUUGAUCAAUAACAAUGAGACAUCAUGGGCUAUGGGACUUAUUCAAGAAAUGGUUGAGAGGGGUUUCUCUGCAGAUGCAUCAACUAUGGAAUUGAUAAUUGGUUUAUUGUCUAAGGAUGUAGUAGAUCCUGCUUUGUUGCUGUUGUUAAAAGAUUCAUGA